UCUAUCUCUUUUGUUUGGCUGUAGCCUGUUGAAUAUGUCGGUAAAUAGUAAUUUUGACCGGUUUGCUAGAGGGUUUGAUAUAGCGGGUUUCUGGCGGAUCUGGCAACCCUGGUUCCACAGUCUGCCUGUAUAAACAGUAAGCGGAGGAGAGGUAAGAAUAUCCUUGCGGGCGCAGUGUGAGCUGUGAGUAACUGAGUAACGGCAGUAUGAGCGGUAAGGUGGCGGUGGUGACCGGGGCGAAUAAGGGGAUCGGGCUGGCUGUAGUCCGGGCUGUGUGUGAGGCCGGGUUUGAUGGAGAUGUGGUGCUGACCGCGCGCAGUGAGCAGCUGGGGAGAGAAGCUGUGCAGCAGAUCAGAGCUGCAGGACACCGGGCUGUGUUCCACCAGCUCGAUAUAACCAGCAAAUCCAGCGCCCUGGAGCUGCAGCGCUUCCUGAAGAACACGUACGGAGGACUCGACGUGCUAAUCAAUAACGCAGGGAUCGCCUAUAAGAAUAAUGCCCCGGAGCCAUUUGGAGAGCAGGCUGAAGUCACCAUGCGCACCAACUUCUGGGGAACACUGUGGGUGUGCCAGGCUCUCUUCCCCAUCCUGAAGCCCAACGCCCGGGUGGUCAACGUGUCCAGCUUCGUCAGCAAGAGGUCCCUUGAUAAGUGCAGCCCUGAACUUCAGGCAAAGCUCCGUGAUCCCGCAAUCACAGAAGAAGAACUGUGUUCAUUAAUGAACGAGUUUGUCGCUGCUGCAAAGCGUGGAGAUCAUGAGUCAAAGGGCUGGGCAAACACUGCUUACGGCAUCUCAAAGGUUGGUGUGACCGUGCUGUCGAUGAUACAAGCGCGCACCCUCACCAAGACAAGAGCAGGUGAGGGCAUCCUCCUGAACGCCUGUAAUCCAGGCUGGGUUCGGACAGACAUGGCUGGACAGAGUGCUGAUAAAACUCCAGAAGAAGGAGCUGAAACUCCGGUCUACCUCGCUCUGCUGCCAGAGGGCGCUAAAGAGCCACAUGGACGUUUUCUGUCAGAUAAGAAGGUGGAGGAAUGGUAGCUUAAAUCAGCUGUUUACAGUAAUCUCACUAUGCCUUUACUUUUUACCUUAUAUUUACAUUACUGUUACUGUUUAAGUUACAAUAAUCAAUACUUUUAUAUUCAUGAUCAUUUAUUUCAACUGGAUGAUACUGGAUUAUACAAAAGGGAUAUAUGGAUAUCAGUUUAGUAGGAAAGCAUUUUAGUAUUGAUUUGUUAAUGAAACACAUGUUUCACAUAUGUUUCAUGUGUAUAUCUGUUUUUUUCUGUUAUUUUUUACCCAUAGUACAUUAAAUUUAGUAUGAUUUUAUACUGUUUUUGUAUUUUUAAAUACAGUACCUGAAUCUUCUCA